AGAGAAACUCCCUCGUAAAAAACUAUGGUCUUUCGCUUCUUUUCGACUCCUGUGACAGAGAGGUGCGAGAAGUCAGAGGGCAUGGCCAAGGAAGCCGAACUCAAGAAGAUUGAGCUGAAGGUGUCUGUAGACUGCUGUGAUGGCUGCAAGAAGAAGGUCAAGAAGGCAUUGCAGACUGUUGAAGGCGUUUUGAAGACGGAAAUCGAUCCUUGGCAGCCGAAGGUGAUAGUCCUUGGAAAUGUGGAUCCCCGUAUACUGAUCAAGAAACUAGCCCGAGUCGGGAAACAGGCGGAAGUUUGGACUCGCGAGAACAAGAAUGACGACAGAGACAGAAGAGAGAAAGAAGCUCCCAAAACCGGGUCAGAUCAGCCAAAGUGCUCAGAAUCAAACGAUAAGCCGAAAGUAAAAACCAAUGAGGCAAUUUCCUCUGUAGAUGACGGCAAAGAAAAAGCUUCAAUGAAGAAUAAGGAUACAGACAACAACAAAAACAACAAGAAGGAAACAGACAACAACAAAAACAACAACAGCAACAACAACAGCAGCAGCAAGAGUUCUGUAAACACUGAGGCCAUGAAAACCGAGGCUCCUCUUCCUUUGAGACAACCCGAGUCCAAUAAUGUUAUGUAUCCAAUUCCAGGCAUUCCAGGCGUUCCAGGUAUUGUGCAAGGUGAUCCUAAGACCCAAUGCUUUUACUUGGUUGAGCCUCGUCCUAUGGGCAUCCCAUAUUACGCCGUAUGUUCGUAUAUGGCUCCCUUGCCUCCCACGAGUUAUGGCCAAGAAUAUUACUCCUAUGAAAGGCGACCGGUACAGAUGGAAAUUCAGGCGCCAUUCACCAGGGUAGGAGACUACUUCAAUGACGACAACACGGUGGGGUGCCAUGUGAUGUGAGAAAGACGGAAAUCAGUGCAGAGAUGAGUUCAGAAGAGAGCUGAUUUCUUCUGUACGAGGAGUCCCUGCCUGGACGACAGUCACUUUGAGGAGAGAACGAAACUAGUUCUUUGUUGUAGUCCGGAUUGUGGUUUUUUAUUUCCGUAUGAAGUUGUAUAAAAAAAUUAUGCA